AUGUCAAACGAGAGUGAAGGAAUAAUUUUGAUUGUUGUGCACAGUGAUGGCACUAUGUUGUGGACCAAUGACCAGUUCAUAUUCCUCCACAACAAUCAAGAGUUGCAUAUAAAAUAUCUGCUGGAGAGUGACAGUGGCAAUUACUCGUGUCGAGUGGACAAUCGUAGGGGAAAAUUGGAAAAUUAUCAGCAAAUAAUAGUAAAAGGGAAAGAACUACCCAAAGAAUUGUUUGUCAUAAUUGCCUUCGUGGUUUUCGUUGUCAUAAUCUUGGUGCUCUAUUUCACGAUCAAGAUCCGUCGAAAAAGGAAAAUGGGGAAGAACUUAAUGGAAGCAGUCCUGAUACACUUUGAGGAAGGGGCGGUACAAUGCUUGAAUCCGAGCUUAACUGUGGAGGAUCAGACGGAAUUGCUCCCUUAUGACAAAAAAUGGGAGUUUACGAGGAGCAGAUUGAAAUUAGGGAAAAUAUUGGGACGUGGGGUGUUUGGAGUCGUCGUGAAAGCAGAAGCUACAGGAAUUCGCAAAAACGAGGUGGUUACCACCGUUGCAGUGAAAAUGGCGCGUCGUAAAACCAAUGGCAUGCAUCUUUGUGCCCUUGCCAGCGAACUGAAGAUCAUGACGCAUCUUGGGAAGCACCUGAACAUUGUCGAUCUACUUGGUGCUUGUACGAAAAAUAUCUCCAAAAGUGAAUUGUUAGUCAUUGUCGAGUACUGCCGAUUUGGAAAUUUGCAUAACUAUUUACUACGGCACAGGGGUGAUUUUAUUAAUCAAAUUAAUCCAUCGACCGGUAAAUUCGACUGUGGUAUCGGUAUGGAUAUCCUGACGCGGAACGUCAGCGUCCGCAGCAACAAUAGGUUUGCCUUAAUGUCUUAUUUUCAAAUUAUCAGUGGAAAUUCAGGCACCGAUUCAGUGCACAAUCGAUGUGCAAUUACGGAUUCCCAGGAUGUUAGUAUGUCGCCGGACAGUUCUGUACUCGGCAACAGCAAAUUUCAACCGAGAUGGACGUACUACUGUUGUGACUACAGUGAUCAUGAUUUAAAAACGAUUUGUAGCCAGGAUUUAUUAUCCUGGGCGUUUCAGAUCGCUCGCGGAAUGGAAUAUCUUAGUCAGAGAAAGGUGCUACACGGUGAUUUAGCCGCAAGAAACAUUCUACUGGCCGAGAAUAAUGUAGUGAAGAUUUGCGACUUUGGCUUAGCGAAGAAUAUGUACAAAUACGGCAAUUACGAGAAGAAAGGCGAUGGUCGGUUGCCUAUCAAGUGGAUGGCCAUCGAAUCGAUCAGAGAUGGAAUCUUCUCCACUCAGUCGGACAUUUGGUCGUUCGGCAUAGUUCUCUGGGAGUUCUUCACUUUGGCUGAGACCCCGUAUCCUGGAAUGGAAACGGAGGAACAGUAUCAGAAGCUGAUUGAAGGUUACAGGAUGGAACAGCCGGUGUAUGCUACCUCUGAAAUGUAUGUUAUAAUGAACCAGUGUUGGACGGCCAAACCCACACUGCGUCCUAAUUUUAUGGAACUGGUAGAAAGUAUAGGUGACUUGUUGGAGGAAAGUGUGAAAGCACACUACGUCAGCCUAAACAAUCCCUACAUGACCCUGAAUACGACGAUGCUGGAAGGCGGUAAGAAGGACUACCUGACAAUGCUGUCCGCCCCAGACUACACGAUGCUUUCCUCACUUGCCGAUGAACGCGGACGAUCUCAUUUUGGCUCCCCGAUCUUCGACUCGGAGAACGCCGUGAGGAUGUCGGCUAUGCUGAACAAGGAAGAGAACUAUGACACCUAGUUGAAACCCAUCAAUGUUCACGAACAAAGGGCAGAGUUUGUUGAAAAUUGGAAAGCGACGAAAAAUUAA